GAUGGGUCACUUGUUCCCAGAGACUCAACUUGACCUUCCAGUACCUAACAGGGUGCUUAGAGCAUGACAGGCACUCAAUAAAUGCUUGUUGAAUGAAAGUAUUGUCAAAGCCAAGUAAUUCAUUAUAAUUCAUCAUCACAUCCUUGUGACUACCCUGGCCACUGCCAAAUCUGUUUUGAAACCUCUUUGCAGGACUGGUCCAGCAGCUGUAUUAGAAGACAUGUGGUGUGUAUGAAGUUUGUGAUAGUCGGGGGAAAUUUUGGAAUUUAGAUAAUGGGCUGUGUGCAAUGUAAGGAUAAAGAAGCAACAAAACUGACGGAGGAGAGGGAUGGCAGCCUGAACCAGAGCUCCGGGUACCGCUAUGGCACAGACCCCACUCCUCAGCACUACCCCAGCUUCGGCGUGACCUCCAUCCCGAACUACAACAACUUCCAUGCAGCCGGGGGCCAAGGACUCACUGUCUUUGGGGGUGUGAACUCUUCAUCUCACACUGGGACCUUGCGUACCAGGGGAGGAACGGGAGUGACCCUGUUUGUAGCCCUUUAUGACUAUGAAGCACGGACGGAAGAUGACCUGAGUUUUCACAAAGGAGAAAAAUUCCAAAUAUUGAACAGCUCGGAAGGAGAUUGGUGGGAAGCCCGCUCCUUGACCACCGGAGAGACUGGUUACAUUCCCAGCAAUUAUGUGGCUCCAGUUGACUCUAUCCAGGCAGAAGAGUGGUACUUUGGAAAACUUGGCCGAAAAGAUGCUGAGCGACAGCUUUUGUCCUUUGGAAACCCGAGAGGUACCUUUCUUAUCCGUGAGAGUGAAACCACCAAAGGUGCCUAUUCACUGUCGAUCCGAGAUUGGGAUGAUAUGAAAGGAGACCAUGUCAAACAUUAUAAAAUUCGCAAACUUGACAAUGGUGGAUACUAUAUUACCACCCGGGCCCAGUUUGAAACACUUCAGCAGCUUGUACAACAUUACUCAGAGAGAGCCGCAGGCCUCUGCUGCCGCCUCGUAGUUCCCUGUCAUAAAGGGAUGCCAAGGCUUACCGAUCUGUCUGUCAAAACCAAAGAUGUCUGGGAAAUCCCUCGAGAAUCCCUGCAGUUGAUCAAGAGACUGGGAAAUGGGCAGUUUGGGGAAGUAUGGAUGGGUACCUGGAAUGGAAACACAAAAGUAGCCAUAAAGACUCUUAAACCAGGCACAAUGUCCCCCGAGUCAUUCCUUGAGGAGGCACAGAUCAUGAAGAAGUUGAAACAUGACAAGUUGGUCCAGCUCUACGCAGUGGUGUCCGAGGAGCCCAUCUACAUUGUCACCGAGUACAUGAAUAAAGGAAGUUUACUUGAUUUCUUAAAAGAUGGGGAAGGAAGAGCUCUGAAAUUACCAAAUCUUGUGGAUAUGGCCGCACAGGUUGCUGCAGGAAUGGCUUACAUCGAGCGCAUGAAUUACAUCCACAGGGAUCUGCGGUCAGCAAACAUCCUAGUGGGGAACGGACUCAUAUGCAAGAUUGCUGACUUUGGACUAGCCAGAUUGAUCGAAGACAAUGAGUACACAGCACGACAAGGUGCAAAGUUCCCCAUUAAGUGGACGGCCCCCGAAGCAGCCCUGUACGGGAGGUUCACGAUCAAGUCUGACGUAUGGUCUUUUGGAAUCUUACUCACAGAGCUGGUCACCAAAGGAAGAGUGCCAUACCCAGGCAUGAACAACCGGGAGGUGCUGGAGCAGGUGGAGCGCGGCUACAGGAUGCCCUGUCCGCAGGACUGCCCCAUCUCUCUCCACGAGCUCAUGAUCCACUGCUGGAAAAAGGACCCGGAGGAGCGGCCCACUUUCGAGUACUUGCAGGGCUUCCUGGAAGACUACUUCACCGCCACAGAGCCCCAGUACCAGCCUGGUGAAAACCUGUGAGACCUGGGUCUGCAGAGAGAGGCCUUAUCCAAGAGGCUUCCCCGCCCCCUCCCCAUUAGCUUUCAGUUCCGUAGCCGGCUGCUGCCCGAGCAGCGAGAGCCGUCCUGGAUCAGAUUGCAUGUGACUCUGAAGCUGACGAACUUCCAUGGCCCUCAUUAAUGACACUUGUCCCCAAAUCCGAACCUCCUCUGUGAAGCAUACGAGACAGAACCUUGUUAUUUCUCAGACUUUGGAAAAUGCAUUGUAUUGAUGUUAUGUAAAAGGCCAAACCUCUGUUCAGUGUAAAUAGUUACUCCAGUGCCAACAAUCCUAGUGCUUUCCUUUUUUUAAAAUGCAAAUCCUAUGUGAUUUUAACUGUCUUCACCUGAUUCAACUAAAAAAAAAGUAUUAUUUUCCAAAAGUGGCCUCUUUGUCUAAAACAAUAAAAUUUUUUUUCAUGUUUUAACAAAAACCAAUCAGGACAGGUGUUUGUUUUUUUUUUCUUUUUUAUAAAUAUGAAUAUAUAUAUAAUAUAUCUGUCCCUGUACAUACACCACGUGGGUGCUAAUGUGGAGACCAUGGCCAACCCAGGCCAUAAAGCCUCGGGACCCAGAGUGAGGAUUUUACUGCCAAAUCUGCAUAAAAGCCCUGGUAUUACUCUGCACACCAGUGGCAUCCUUUUUGGCUUUUGCAAAGCAUGAUCCUUUUUUCUUUUUAAUUUAGAUUGCACUUUUUUGGUUCAUGAUUGUACCUGUAGAUGGCUGUUACUUUGAUUCUUUUCAAAAGCAGCUCCAGAGCUGGAUUCACAAGUUCUGUUUCCAGUAUUUGCUUUGACUUAACUGCAAUUUGGUCUUGAAACCUAAAAGCGUGUUUAAGCAAGCCAACGGCCAAUACCACCAGGGGAACUGGAAGGUGGAUAACCACACAUACUUCUUGUACAAAAAUAUGAAUGCUGAAAUGUUUCAAACUUUUUUUUUUUUUAUUUAAUAAACCUUGUAACCACAUUUAAAUGGUCUAAAACCCAUAGCGUUAUAGUCUUGGCAACCUGCUAAACUUUCUCAUGCAACUAAAACUUGGGGGGUGGGGGGGGUUGUACAUUUCCCAUUGUGAAAUAAGUGUUUUAAACAUCCUGUACUGCUAAUGAAAUGACUUUCUAUAUGUCCGAGAAGUCUCCAGUGGAAUAACUAUGCACUACUUUACAUUUCAUGGGGAUGCACCAAAAAAAAAAAAAAAAGAAAGAAAGAAAAAGGAAAAAAAA